AUGACCCUGACAGAAUUUAACCAAUCUGAUCAAUGUGUGCAUGUUUCCUGUCCUGUAAGACCUGUAUCUUCUGCAGUUUAUAUCUUACUGUACGUAUGUUCAGCUGCUGUGGUUCUUCUAACAGUGUGUGGAAAUCUGCUCAUCAUCAUCUCUGUUUUUCACUUUAAGAAGCUUCACACACCGACUAACAUGCUUGUGCUGUCUCUUGCAAUGUCAGAUUUCCUCAUUGGUAUUUUUGUGAUGUCACCAACAAUUAUCUGGACAAUAGAGUCAUGUUGGAUAUUCGAUAGGAGUUACUGCAUCUGUUGGAUAAUUACUUCUUUUUUUCUUGGGAAGCUGUCCAUCUAUAAUAUUGCUCUAAUUGCUGUAGAUCGGUAUUUGGCUCUCUCAAACCCAUUUUUCUACACAAACACAAUCACUAGCAGGACUAUGUGCAUUGUGGUUUAUCUUAAUUGGUGUUUUUGUCUAGGCUAUGUCAUAGCAUUCCUUUGUACCAAUGAAACCUUAAUGAGUUUGGUAAUGUGUCCUGGACAGUGCUUUUACUAUCUGAAUGAGAUCUGGUCUAUAAUUGAUCUUGUACAUUCAUUUAUAUUUCCACUUUCUGUCAUAAUCAUUUUGUAUACUCGAGUUUUUGUGAUUGCUAAGAAACAUGCCACUGCUAUCAGAGAGCUUAAUAAUCACACACAGUCUAAAAAACAGAAAAUCACCUCACACUCGAUGAAAUCUGAGAGGAAAGCAGCUAAAAUCCUCGGCAUUCUAGUGUCUGUGUUUCUGGUGUGUUUACUUCCAUAUUUUAUUUACAGUCUAUUAGGCGGUGUCAUUGACCUGCAGUUAGAAAUACAACAGAAAGUUUUGAUUAUGUUUUGUCUUAAUUCCACUAUUAAUCCUAUUAUUUAUGCUCUGUUUUACCCAUGGUUUAGGAGGUGCACUAAAUUAAUUAUAAGUUUGCAAAUAUUCCAAACAGACUCUGCAUUAGUCAAUGUUCUUUCAUGA